UAAGCUUUCCUCGCACAGAGGUGAGGUUCUAGAGACCGGAAGAGGGUUUCCCUUUGAAGGUAGACCUUACCUUGUUGCGACAUCCAGGGUCGCGAAUUCCGUCAUCAGAUUGCGCUGUGGAUUGGUUGAAGUGCCGCAUGUCGUGCAUUUGCAUUUGAAUUGUUUAGAAGUGGAUGUUAGUUGACAGAUUUGUGGACUUUAGUCGCAUUCCUGAUGGCGGAGGUGGCUGAAGUUCCGCAGAGCACGAGCAAAACGAAGGGGAAGAAGAACAAUGCUGCUGAAAAUUUGGACUCGAUUCAAGCGGAAGUCGCUUCCUUCGCAGCUCAACUAGGGCUUACGAGUGGAGGUGGUGUUUUUGGAGCGGGAUUUGAUGAUUCGGAUUUUCGAAAGACGGGGCGACUUGGAGAGAAGAAGAAGAAGAAGAAAGGAGGAGGGGAGGGAGACGGGAAUGCAGAAGGGAAGAAGGUUGGGAAGUCGCCUGGUGGUCAGGGGAAGAAAGGGGCGGAGAGUAAGAAGGCUGGUGAAUUGCAGGAUUCGGGUUUCAAAGGGAAGGGGGGGAAGAGAAAGGGAAAUCGCAGUGGUCAAGACGUAGGGUUGAUCUUUGGUUCAGGUAAGAAAGCAGCUGCAGAUGUCGAGAAAGGUAAAGGGAAGAAGCGAUCCUGGCCUAGUGAGGCCGGCGAACAGGGAAAUGAGAGAUGCGCCAAGAAGGAACGGUUUGUGGAAGGAGAUUCCAAGAGCAAUGAUACUAAGAAGGUCGUGUCCUUGGAUAAAUCAUUGGUUAAGUCGUUGCAGAGUGCUUCUUUAUGGUAUGAAGGUGUCACAGCUGCUGUGGCCAAUCCUAAAGCGAAAGCCGCUACGGAUGUUUCUGCUGGCGAAAUACCAACAGAGGGAGAAGAAUUCUUUGAGAGCAAACGAAAAGAGGCCGAGGAACUAAUGGAGAAGGCCGUCUCAGAUUACGAAAAAUCUCGAUCCAAAGACAGUGAUACGAGGUGGUUGAUGACUGCACGAAGGUCUGGAACGUCGUCAGAUAAAGUUGCAGCGAUGACAGUGAUGCUGCAGGACAAUCCAAUGCUCAACCUUCGAACCUUGGAUGCGCUUAUUGGAAUGGUGACCUCGAAAGGAGGGAAGAGGCAUGCGGCAAUAGGUAUUGACGCCUUAAAAGAAUUAUUUUUGAGCAGUUUAUUGCCAGAUCGAAAGCUGAAGUACCUCAAUCAACAGCCAUUAUCAAGCCUUGCGAGUUCAAAGGAAGGUUCGACAUUGCUUCUUUAUUGGUACUUCGAAGACUGCGUGAAACGGAGGUAUGAGCGAUUUGUCGGUGCUCUUGAGGAGGCUACUAAGGACACCCUAUCAUUUUUGAAAGAGAAGGCCCUCAAGACCGUCUUUGAACUUCUCAAGGCAAAACCAGAGCAGGAACGUCGACUUUUAUCAGCCCUCGUUAAUAAGUUGGGUGAUCCAGAGAGGAAAGUGGCCUCUAACGCCAGUUAUCUGCUCUCCUGUCUCCUCACAACUCAUCCUGUCAUGAAGGCAGUUGUUGUGGAGGAAGUUGAUUCCUUCUUGUUCAGGCCACAUGUUGGAAAUCGUGCCCGAUAUUAUGCGGCUGUCUUUUUGAAUCAAAUUAUGCUUGCCAAAAGAGGCGAUGGACCCAUGGUUGCCAAGAAGCUGAUCAACUUGUAUUUUGCACUUUUUAGAACAGUGACAGUAGGUGACGCCAAGGAAGAUUUUAAUCAGAAAGGGAAAAAGAAGUUCUCUAAUUAUAAGAAAAGAAAAAAUAAAGGCGAAGGGGUGAAUGGAAAGCCUGAUGUUGCACCUGUAGCUGCAGAAAUUGAUGCUAGGCUGUUGUCUGCAUUAUUGACAGGUGUUAACAGAGCUUUCCCAUAUGUGGCUACAGACGAUGUAAAUUCUAUUAUUGAAGAACAUACCCCUGUUCUGUUCCGCUUGGUACACUCAGAUAAUUUUAAUGUUGCUGUGCAAGCUCUCAUGCUUUUGCAUCAGUUACUCCAAAAGAACCAGGCUGUUAGUGAACGGUUCUAUCGAGCUCUCUACUCAGUUCUGCUCUCACCAAGUCUUACCACGUCAAACAAGGCAGAAAUGUUCCUAAAUCUUCUCUUUAAGGCACUGAAGCAAGAUAUCAAUCUGAGGCGCAUGUCUGCAUUUGCCAAGCGGCUUACCCAGGUAGCGCUGCAACAGCCCCCUAAUUUUGCUUGUGGGUGCCUUUUGGUUCUUUCUGAAGUCCUGAAGGCAAGGCCGAGUCUCUGGGAUGGGAUUCUACAACCGGAAAGCCAAGAUGAUGAGAUCGAGCACUUUGUGGAUAUUCCGGAUGAGGAUUCAUCUGACAAAGCUCCUAAAGUUAACCCUGAAACAAAUGACUCAUCUGAAGACGCAAGUAAAAGCGAUUCUGAUGCUGAGGCAGGAGACGAUGAUAUGGUCGACGGAUUUACUCCAGCUUUAGAAGAUGAAGGAGAUAGUAGCUCUGAUGAAGAUGGUGGCACGAAAAGAUCAGUCGUCAAGGGAACUACGAUUGCAAGUAGGUCUCAAUCGAAGAAAUCUCUAGUGAGAAAGAACGUAAGCCAACCUUCAGCAAAGGUUUCUGAAGAAAGUACCUCUAUAGAACCUGGGCAGAAGACCUGGCCUUUGAAAGGUUAUUAUGAUUCAAAGCACCGAGACCCCUCUCACUGCAACGCUGAUAAGGCAUGCUGGUGGGAGCUUUCGGCACUUGCAAUGCACAUGCAUCCAUCAGUGGCCAGCAUGGCUAGAACGCUGCUGUCAGGUGCUAAUGUGGUGUAUUCUGGCGAUCCGUUGCGUGAUCUUGUUCUUGGUGCUUUUCUGGAUCGUUUUGCGGAGAAGAAGCCAAAAACUAAGAAACAGAAAGAAGGCGCUAUUUUGCCAAUGCCUGGAGCUGAUAAGAAGGUUGCCAAGCGUCUGGUUGGAGAAGAGCUUUUGGCUCUGAACGAAAAUGAAGUUGCUCCUGAUGAUGUUGUCUUCCAUAAGUUUUACCAAUUCAAGGUCAGCAACCGCAAGGUGAAAAAGGCAAAACACAAAAUAGAUGACGAGGAGGAUGAUAUAACAGGACUGGAUGAUGUGGAUGGAGGCGAUGUAGAUGAUAGCGAUGACGACGAGGUAGAUGCCUUAUUGGAGCGCGAUGAAGGUCGUGAGAUGGGAUCAGCAGGAGAAGAUUCCGGUGAAGAUGACGGAGGUGAGAGCGAAGGGGAAUUUGACUAUGAUAAAAUGGAACACACUGUCGACAUGGAAGAUGAUGAGGAGGAUGAGGAGUUGGAUGACGAUUCCGACGAUUCGGACGAUUCACCAAAGAAGAAUAAGAAGGGCAUACCAGUGGAGGUUGCAGACAGUGAUUCCGAUGGCGAUAGUGAGGACGAUUUUGACUUGGGAGAAUAUCCAGAUAGUGAACCUGAAGAUGAUAGUGACGGGAGCAUAGAAGUGGGUGAUCUACCAUCUGAUGAUGAACCAGAGUCCAAUAAGACGAAGUCGAAACCAAUUCACGAUAAAGCUACCAAGAAAGAUAAUGCUAGCAGAGAUCAGCCGAAGAAGAAGAAGAAGAAGAAAAAACAAGAUGUGGAGGUGCCUGUAGGGAAAAAGGGGAAAUCGAAGUCGCCGUUUGCAAGUUUUCAGGAUUAUGAAGAUAUCAUAGAUCGUGACCAGGCAGUGGAGGCUCCAAAAGGGAAGAGUCGGAAAGGGAAUAAGAAGUCCCGCAAGGUCUGAUGUCACUGAUGGAUUCAGCGAAGUUUUGCAACUUGCCAAGGUACAAAUUCAGUAUUCAGAGCUACGUUUUUACUGCAAUCUAAGAUGAACUAAUAUCUUCAUCAUUUCAGUUGAAGAUAACUAUUUUACCAUUGUUACCAAAUAGAUAAUUCCUCUUUCUAUUUUCUCGCAGUUACGUAAGAAGAUUGAGUCCA